AUGGAGGACCUGAAGUUGGUGUACUUCUGCAUUUUCCUGAUCACAUACGUAACCAUAGUUGCUGAAAAUGUAGUGUUGAUCGGAGUGGUCUAUUGUGAAAAAACUCUGCAUGAGCCAAUGUUUUUUCUGCUGUGUAACCUGGCUGUGAAUGGUCUGUAUGGGAGCACUGCCUUACUGCCUGCAUUACUGAGCAACUUGCUGUCACACUCGUAUGAGAUAUCUCUUCCUUUCUGUCAGACACAGAUCUAUGCCGUGCACACAUAUGCCAUGACUGAAUUCACAAUUCUAGCAGCUAUGAGUUAUGACAGGUAUGUGGCCAUUUGUUAUCCGCUGCUUUAUCGCACCAUCAUGUCACAGAAGCUUGUUAAAGUCAUUGUUUUUACAUGGUUGUACCCCAUGCUGGCAUUUCUCAUCGUUUUGAUUUUCACUCUUCGGCUGCAGUUUUGUGAGAGAACCAUGGAAAAGGUGUACUGUAUGAAUUACGCACUGGUGAAACUUGCCUGUUCAGACACAUCUGUUGCUAACAUUGUUGGCCUAGUAUCUGUGGCGCUGUACUUACUUCCACAGAUUUUCAUCAUCUUUUAUACAUAUGUACACAUCCUGAGGAUAUGUGUGCUGUCAUUUAGCAAAUCCAAGCUCAAGGCCCUCCGGACCUGCACCCCCCACCUGCUCGCAAUAACUAACUACUCCAUCGGGUGCUUUCUAGAAAUAGCACAAAGUCGAUUCAACAUUAAGCACCUUCCUUACCAAAUCAGGCUGUUUUUAUCACUGUAUUUUUUGAUAUUUCCACCCAUUUUUAAUCCGGUAAUCUACGGUUUGAGUAUUCAAGUCAUAAAAGAUCGACUGGUUAGGCUUUUCACCAAAAAAAGCAGGCAAGUGACGAAUAAUGUAGCCAGGAGGGCUGUUGGUGCAUGA